AUCGCCAUUGGAUUAAGAAACGAGUCGGAAUAGGGAAUGGGCUUGAUAUGGGCCACGGCGGAGGAGUUGAGCCACAACAGAGCCCGAGUGCUGUCGCUUUAUAGGCAAAUUCUACGGAGCCUCAAUUCGCCGGCGCUGCCGUUGAGCUUCGCGGCGAGGCUCGCGAAGAAGGCGGAGGUGCGAGCAAUGUUCUGGGUGGGUUCCGAUGAACGCUCUCUGCACAACAUUACUGACCUAAUCGACGCCGCAGAGUACUCUCUCUCCUUUCUUAGAAAAGGCCAACUGCCUCCUCGUCACAUUAACUAAACAAUGCUAACAUGUUUUUUGAUUUAUAAUGUACAUGUAUUUUAGUGUAGUGUGUGAAUAAUUGUAUGAUGGCAUAAAUGCUUUGAUAAUUUUUGGAGCAAUGAUUCAUAAUUUUCUCCUGUUGUGUGCAUUCGUUGAACUGAAUUUUGAAAUUUGUUUGGUGUGAAAUGAAUUCCUGAAGUUAGUUUUAUGUA